CGCUAGGUGUCCCAUUGACUUCACGUUAUGCGUGUUUCAUUGGGCGCUGUUCAGUAGAGGAAGAAGCGGCAACCACAACACCUUCGCUAAAGGUAAAGCAUGGCAAUGACGGGCCAGAGUUCAUGCUCCUCUAUGAGUAACCACACCAAGGAACGUGUCACCAUGGCCAAGGUGACUCUGGAGAAUUUCUACAGCAACCUCAUUGCUCAGCACGAGGAGAGAGAAAUGAGGCAGAAGAAACUGGAGAAAGUGAUGGAUCAAGAAGGCUUGGCUGAUGAAGAAAAAAGCCGUCGGCGCACUGAGCAUGCAAGAAAAGAGACCGACUUUCUUCGUUUGAAGCGUACCCGACUAGGUUUGGAAGACUUUGAGUCCCUGAAAGUGAUCGGCCGUGGAGCAUUUGGAGAGGUUCGUCUGGUGCAGAAGAAGGACACGGGCCACGUCUACGCCAUGAAGAUCCUUCGCAAAGCUGACAUGCUGGAGAAAGAACAGGUGGGUCACAUACGUGCUGAGCGGGACAUCCUGGUGGAGGCAGACAGCCUGUGGGUGGUCAAGAUGUUCUACAGCUUCCAGGAUAAGAUGAACCUCUAUCUCAUCAUGGAGUUCCUGCCCGGAGGAGACAUGAUGACCCUCCUGAUGAAAAAGGACACUCUGACAGAAGAAGCCACUCAGUUCUACAUCGCAGAGACAGUUCUGGCCAUCGACUCCAUCCAUCAGCUGGGCUUCAUCCACAGAGACAUCAAGCCAGACAACCUCUUGCUGGACUCAAGGGGUCACGUGAAGCUGUCCGACUUUGGACUGUGCACGGGCCUGAAGAGAGCACAUCGUACAGAUUUCUACAAGAACCUGAACCACAGCUUACCCAGUGACCUCAGUAAGCAAACAUUUCAGAACAUGAACUCCAAGAGGAAAGCAGAGACCUGGAAGAGGAACAGGAGGCAGUUGGCCUUCUCCACUGUGGGGACGCCAGACUACAUUGCUCCUGAGGUUUUUAUGCAAAAUGGAUACAAUAAGCUCUGUGACUGGUGGAGCUUGGGGGUCAUCAUGUAUGAGAUGCUAAUAGGUUAUCCACCAUUCUGCUCGGAGACACCUCAGGAGACGUACAGGAAAGUGAUGAACUGGCGAGAGACGCUCACCUUUCCUCCAGAAGUGCCUAUUUCGGAAAAGGCCAAAGACCUCAUCCUCAGGUUCUGCUGCGAAGAGGAGCACAGAAUUGGUGCGGCGGGUGUGGAGGAAAUCAAGUCGAAUCCAUUCUUUGAGGGUGUGGACUAUGACCAUAUCAGAGAAAGGCCUGCCGCCAUCCCCAUUGAGAUCAAGAGCAUCGACGACACCUCCAACUUUGACGAAUUCCCCGAUUCGGACAUCCUCACACCAACUGCCACUCAGGUGUCCAACCAUUCGGACGCCGGCCUGAAGAAUAAGGACUGGGUGUUCAUCAAUUACACCUACAAGCGCUUUGAAGGCCUCACCGCCCGAGGAGCCAUCCCAUCCUACAUGAAGUCCACCAAGAGAUGAAGAUGCCUCACCAACAAGUCCUUGUCCCGGACCGGGAACGAGACGAGGAAUUUGUUUGGAAAAGGGCUUCCGUCGAUCGCUCUGCACCAUAGAAACCGCUGCCUUCAUUUCUCUCCGUCUUGACUUUGUCUGAUGCUUCCAAGGCCGCCUUGCUGCUGUUAAAGGAUUUUCUUCUAUUGUCUUCUUUUGACUUUUACGCCAGUGGACAUAGCAGUGGAAUGUUUGCGUUGAACUAGAAUACCAGCUACAUCACAUUCCCUCCCUUCUUUCAAAGCCAGCGCCGUUCUUCCUCUUUCCAACCAGCAGGCUCUUUAUUUCUCACCGCUUGUACACAUUUAGUAGACACUUGACAGGCGUCGAGUGCUCUCUUCAGGGAUUUUGUCCAAAUAUGUGUUGGCUGCGAGCGUUGAAUGGUGUCCAACCAAAGACUGCGUCAAGAACCCCCCCCCCCCCUCAUGUAAUAACUGCAAAUGGUCGUUUUCUACAACAUUUACUUGAUGAUGACAAGAGGGAAUUUAACAUGUUACGUAUUUAGUCCACUAUGAUAGCACCUUCUGUGAUGACCUUUUGGAAGGGGGCUACACUAAACAAAACAAGUUACUGGUGAAAUGAAAACCAUUCCUAUGGAAGCUAAUCCGAGAAUCUUCUGUACUUCCCCUUUUUGGAGUUUUCUUGUCUAAACUCAACAAAUCCGAUUCUGUUUUGUACAUUUGGUUGAAAGUGGAGUCCUCGCCCAGUGGUUUAUUUUUAAACGCGCUCUCGGCCCGCCCGCAUGUGCAUAUGCAUCAUGUUCAGUCUUGAUCUGUAAUUAGAGGGCUAAACCGCUCCAAUGUCCACAACAUCCAAUAUGCUGUCUUCUAAAAUGAAUGUACUGUAAGUCUUAAGGUUUAUUUAUGACAUAAUUCCAAAUGCUGAUUGUUUGAAUGUACAAGAAUUAACUAUAGAAGGAAUUGGAUUUGAUCACACCCAAGUCAUUGAAAUUGGUGUCUACAUACAAGUUAGACUUAACAUGAGCUUGUCUUUAAAAUGUUUGAUCGACUAUAUAAUAAAUUUGACCACGGGAAAUUACAAUUGUUUGAGCUACGCUCGCACGAGACGGGUUCGGUCCAACGUAUACAAAUGAUGCUAUAUGGAGCUGUGACAUUGAGUCCGAUGACAUCACACAUUUCAGAACCCACAGCUUGCUUGUUUGACUUUUUAGCAUUGCAAAGUAUUUUCUGACUGUAUCUUCAUAUUGCCUUUUUACAUCAUCCAUGUGACAUUUAAUCUAUUUUUAUGAGAACAAAAGGCUUCCAUAUCUAAUUAUGUGAAGGGUUGUUGUUGCCUGUAAUAUAUGAUGAAGACAAUGAGCACAUUGUAUUUUAGAAAAGCUUUCUGUGGACUUUUUCCUUUUGGCAGGGUACUUUUUUUGUUUUUUUUUGUUUUUUAAGGAUGUCAUCUGUUACUUGAGUAACUGCUUAGUCUCCUUCAAAGCAAUAGAGUCCAUGUUGGUGUGAAAAGAUCUGUGUGUUGCUCCAAAAGAUGCUCUUGUGUAUGUUUGCUUUUGUUGUCAUCUUGAAUUGUGAGGGAGGGGAUUUGGGAAGGUGGAUGUACAUUAUAAUUAUUAUUUAAACCACUUUGUGCUGUUUGGAGUUGUUUUCCUUUGCUAUGCAACAAUGAAUUAUUCUGCACUUGG